AUGUAUUCGAAAGCGUGCCUCUCGCGGUCACCAAAGCUUGAGGAUUGGGUCCUUCUUUCCUCUCAUAUGCUCUCCAUUACGAUGACUGGAGUAGUGGGCGGCGAGGUCUCCGUUGCGCUAAAGAUGGUUGGUCACAAGUGGGAAGAGGAAGCAGAAAACGUGUCGAAGCUGGCGCUGCUGGUUCUCUGCAGCAAUCUGUUAUAUCAGAUCCUCAUCAAUGCGACCAAGGCGUCAUUUCUUCUCCAAUACCUUCGACUCUUCCAGGAAAGUUGGGCACAGAAGCUGUGCAAGGCACUUCUCGUCGUGGUCUUCGGGGCGGCGCUAUACGGGUUCUUCGGUGGCAUAUUCAUGUGCCGUCCUGUUGCGAGAUAUUGGAACCCUCUUCUGCCGGGAACAUGCAGGGACCCAGAGACAUACUGGGUGGUAACAUCUUCCAUUGGGAUAGCAAUGGACUUCGUCGUUUGGCUGCUCCCAAUGCCGCUGCUCAGGAGGCUACAUUUGCCUUUGAAGCAAAAGCUUGGAUUGACGGCCGUGUUUGCGCUUGGUGGAUUCGUUUGCAUCGUCAGUGUGUUGCGUCUGUCGCUGGUCCAGAUGUACGCUGCGGCAGGCAACGCAGAAGAGGGAGGCAUCUCGGCCAUCAUCUGGUCAGCGAUCGAGGCCAAUGUCGGCAUCAUAUGCGCGUCGCUCAUGGCCAUGAAGCCGCUGUUGGGCAAAGUGUUUCCGUGGCUUGUCGACACGGCUGGCCCGUCGCAGGGAAACAUGCGGUUGCCCACGAUUCCCGAAAGCCCGCUUGGGCCCAGUGUUUGGGUGCAGAACUGGAGCUGGGGCACAAGGCACGAUGCGAUGUGCUCGGCAUCCAGGCCAGCGAGUUCUAUUCCCGCGCCUCAAGAGGCUCACAGCAUCUUGGUGACAAAGCAGUCGGUGGUAGAGGCGAAUUGGACCAGGGACGACAGUGUUGCCUGCAUCUCGCCAACAAGGCCACCGAAAUUCCAGUCGGGUGAUUUCGGAGAAUGA